CACUGCAUCCUUCUCACUCUCACUCUCACUCUCACAGUUCCACCACCAUGAAUCCACCGAAUUUACUCAUGGGAAAACCAUAUUCUUUUCUUAAGAACAAAGAACGUCCAGUGUCAGGUCAAAACUCUCGCAAGGUCAAUAAAGAAUCUCGCAAGAUCACCAAGAACGCGCCAUUGUCAAAACCUCAAAAUUCCAUCGUGCAGAUAGUGGAGCCUCGAAUUACCUAUACGGUGCCUCAAAGAGUCAUCCACAUCACUCCCCAGGACUUCAAAGACGUCGUCCAGCAACUCACCGGUAUCGAAAAACCUACCGGAAUCAGUCAAGUUUUGCCCACAGCGAGCCUUGUUUCGACUAAAAGAACGAGUCCGGAGAAGAAAGAAAGGCCUUCUUGGAGUAAUGGGGACGAUGGCAUGACGAGGAUGUUGGAUAAUGGCGUGCAAAUGAAUCAGUUUCCUGGAAUCUUAAUGCCAGAGGCGGCGAUUUUACCGCCACUGCCUUAUGAGAAUUUUUUACAACCGGAAUUGCCGCAAAUGCAGUAUAACAACUUUUUGCCACCGGUAUUGCCGCAAAUGCAGUAUAACAACAACUCUUUGCCACCGGUAUUGCCGCAAAUGCAGUAUAACAACAACUUUUUGCCCCCAACAUUACCGCAAAUGCAGUAUAACAACAAUUUUUUGCCCCCAACAUUACCGCAAAGACAGUAUAACAACUUUUUGCCCCCACCAUUACCGCAAAGACAGUAUAACAACUUUUUGCCGGCGGCGAAUGUUAUGCCGUUACCGUUAACAACAUCAGAGAUAUUUUCUCCGGUGAACUUGCCACCGAUACCUUCAGAGACUUUCUUGAGAAACACUUGGCAGCAGAAACCAUCGGAUAUUUUCUCGCCAGUGACUUUGCCACAAUCAGAUAUUUUUUCGCCGGUGACAUUGCCGCCUACACAGCCAGAUAAUCUCUUGCCAGACAAUUGGCAGCCGUCGGAUAUUUUAUCGCAACCGGUAGAUAAUUUAUCGCCGGUGAGAUUGCCACCUACACAGCCAGAUAAUCUCUUGCCAGACAAUUGGCAGCCGUCGGAUAUUUUAUUGGCAGAUACUUGGCAACCGCCGGAUAAUUUCUCGCCGGUAAGAUUACCACCUACACAGUCAGAUAUUUGCUCACCGUCGAAUAUUUUAUCGGCAGACACAUGGGAACCGUCGGAUAUUCUGUCGCCAACGUCGACACAAUCAGAUACUUUCUCGACAGACCCUUGGCAGCCUAUACAGUCGGAUAUUUAUUCGCCGGUAGCAUUGCCACAGACACCAUCAGACACUUGGCUAUCAUCGGAUACAUUCGCACAGGAGACAUUACAACCUAAACCAUAUGGGGUAUUUUCACAGGUUUUAGGCCCGCAGUCGCAGACGGUGUUGUCUUAUGAUGACGUUUGGCCUGAGAACAACAUCUUUGCUAAACCGCCCGAGUUUCUUCCCGCUGGCGUUGUUCCGCCACAGACGCGGUCGAACCGGUUCAAUUCUUUCAUUUACAACUAA